AUGACUACUAUCAGGGUCGGCCAGACGGUCGAAACUACGAGCGAACAGUACGGUGUAGUCCGGUAUGUUGGGCCAAUUCAUGUCUCGGAAGGCACCUUUGUUGGCAUAGAGCUUCCCACGCCCACGGGAAAGAACGAUGGCUCCGUACGUGGGGAGCGCUACUUCAAUUGCCCACCGGGCCACGGCUUGUUCAUACGAGAUUCAAGCAUUACCAAAAUCAUCUCACAGCCAGCACCACCUUCUACACCACAACGAGCGCCAACACCAAAGGCUAAGCCUCCAGCAACCACACCAAGACCCCGGCCCGCCAGCGUCAUCGCUCCAAAACCCAGAUCUGCUACAUUGACCACAAAACGGCAAUCAGUCGUAGCUUCUCCUUCGCAGCCACCCCCUCGCCAGCCUGUCCGCAAAGCCAGCGUCGCUAGCAUCUCUUCCAAUCCUGCCACGGAAUUCGCCCGGCCCGCACCACCACCCUCAAGACCCAGCCUUGCUUCGUCACAAACCAGUAAUGCCGCCAAAACAUCCCGAGACAAUAACAACAUAGAAACUCUACAAACCAAAAUACGUCAUUUGGAAAAGCAACACUCGGAGGAUCAAGAUCGGCUCAGGGAGUUGACACAAGUACGAGACGAGCGGGAUAGAUUCAACGGCAUCAUCCAGAAGCUACAAGCUAAAUGCCAAAAUCAAUACAGCGAGGCACAGGAGUUGAGGGAAAAGGUCAAAAUCCUUCAACAGGGACACGAGGCUCUUGAGAAGACGCAGCAGGAUCACGAAGUCGACCUUGAGGAUGCCUUGGUUGACAAAGAAAUGGCAGAGGAGAGGGCUGAUCAGGCGGAGGCUGAGCUGGAGUCGUUGCGCAAGCGAGUGGAGGAGCAGAGCCUGGAACUGGACAUCCUUCGAGACGAGGCCGAAUUGUUCACCACAGAAAUGUCGGAGGAGCAAAAACAAGAAGCCGGCUAUUACAGACUUCAACAUGAGAACGACCGGCUACGGCACGCGUUGAUAACGCUAAAGGAGAUGACCGAAGAACGGGAACAAGACCAGAAGGCACGAAUCCUUAGCCUAGAAGCCGACCUUCAACAGCUUGAGCACUACGAAUCGGAGAAUGCCACUCUUCACGAACGUCUCGCUGAAUCUGAAUCCCUCGUCGAACAUCUCAAACAGCAAUUAGAUGCCGCCAAUGAAUACGAAGACAUGGUGGGAGAGUUGACACACCAAAACCAAAAUCUCCAAGAUAGGCUCGCGGAACAAGAAAUGGUCGUGCAAGAUCUCGAAAACCUGCGAGAACUCAACGAUGAGCUGGAGGUUCAGCACCUCGAGCAAGAAGAGGACAUGCUCGCGGAGCUUGACGCUAAGAACAACGAACUUGCAGAGCAGGCAAAACUCAUUGCCGAUCAAACUGCCAUCAUCACCGACAACGAAUCCCUCAUCUCCAAGUUCCGAGACCUCGUCAUGGAUCUACAAACUAGAAUGGCUGAUGUCGAGUCUUCGAAGAACAUGACAGAAGCCCAAGUAAAGGACACUACUGGACGUUUCAACGAAGUCAUGGAUCUCAACAGACAACUCCGUGCAGCCACUGUCCUGUCCACCACGCGGGAGAUUGAGGCUGCUCUUAUAUCGCUAAAGGCCGACCAGCUCGCUGAGAAGCUGGAGAUUUGGAACGAGACUGAGUCUAAGGAAUUCACCCGCAGCGAAUCGCUUCAGGCCUACCUUGCUGCAGAAAGGAUUGCUGGAAAGUCCGAUCUGCUUAUCAACGUGUUACGAAGCACCAACCGCCAGAUGAGCAACGGUGGCCGCUUGGACGAUGCAAUCUCUCGACUCAUUUGUGUCAAGUCAAUCAGCUACCUAGAGGUCCUCAAAGAGGGCAACAACCGACUCUGGUCUGCCAUUCGCGGCUUGUCUCUCCCUGACUUCGCCAACAUCGGGCCCACCUAUCAAGAGUUACUUUCGGUUGAGCAAGUGCUUGACCAAGGUCUCAAUGCUUUGAAGGCAGACACGGUCAACUUUGAGGAAUUUGCCGGAUCUCUCCAUCGUUCUACCAAGACACAUGACGCCAUUCUAUCAAGUCACCAAGAUGCUUUGGCCGCACGCCCAGAAGGCGAACUGUUGUCCAGGAUGACCUCUAUCCAUGCUCGACUCGACUACAUCACCUACAUGUAUGACUUGGCCACCUUCGCUCUGCAAAAGGUCCCUACAAGCAUACUUGAGGAGUGCCAGUACACCCUGGAACACUUCAAAACGCCACUAGAGACUACGCAAGGUGCGCUUGCAGCCUCUACCAAGUUGCUACGAACUAUACAAGCCUUGGCUGAGGACAACAUGUAUCCUCGUUUCCUAGACGGCAUGGAUGACGCAGUCCAAUACGAUGAGGGGCUAGCGGUUGCCGCUGAAGGAAUCGCCAACUUCACUCGUGCACUGAUCGAAGAGGUUUCGAAGUGCUCGAGCCUGUCAGAUCCCGAAGCCAUCUCAGCGAGCGAGAUUGCCUCUAUCAAAGCCAAUAUUGACGAUCUUGACACAAAGCAACGUACCAUUUUCCUCACUGCGGGUCUGAACGGCCUGACAUUCAGCCUACGCCACUGGACCGAUCAUGCCUCCGUACUCUCAAACAAUGUUGAGAUUGAGCAUGGUCCUACACCCUGGGCACAGAAAGCAAAGGAGGUCGAGUCGGCACGGAAGAAGGACGAUGAGGCUGUACGCCAACUACAAGUCCUCACAGCUGAGCAUCGUGCCACUGUUCUCAAGAUCCAUGAACGAGAGCAGGUCAUUGCUACCAAGGAGCUUGAAAUUGAGCAUCUGCUGGCUAAGAUCCGGGAUGCUGCGACCAAGACGGAAGGCGUCGAAGCCUUGCAGGAGGAGCUCACCAAACGCCACGAUAAGAUCAUGGAACUUCAAGCAACCAACCGAGCUCAGAUGCUAGAAAUGGAGGCAUUGAGGGAGCGUCUGGCCAAUGCCGAUGAGCAUGGUCGCAACGAUUCCGACAUGCCCGCGGACAACACCACAGCCACAGUCGAGCAGCCUCAGCAAGCGGCAGACCCGCGUACAGUUCCUGGUGGACUCAAGACAUUCAUCGAUGCCCUACAAAACGAGAACCACUGGCUACGCUCGCGCGAAAACAAAGAGUCAUUCGACCGCAACUUACGCGACAUGUUCAACAAGAUGGAACACGUCCGCUACGAAGCCGCACAUCACGAAUCAAUGGCCAGGCUCGACCUUCUGGAACUCGCUUGGCUCUCAGACGACACAGAAUCCUUCGAUGGAGGCGCCGAUACACCACUAGGACUGUCCAGUCCCAUCACACAAGAUCCCUCAGACCUUACCUACCACAUUCCGCCCCAUAUGCAGGCUUCUUCUGGUGCUGGCCGCCUACCUAAGAUGUCAGCAGUGCAACUUUCGGGUAUCAGUCUCGGCUGGGAGGAGCGCGCCAUGAGUCGUAGAGUGGCUCUCGAACAAGCCGAGGAAGAAUUUCUAUACUUGGCGACUAUCACCGAAGAGGAUGAUGAGGCGUUGUAUGGGUACUUGUAG